AUGGGGUCCUUCCGGCCCGUGGCCUGCGUCCCCCGAGGUGCCUGCGGUCACCCGGGAGCAGACUUGGCCGAUGGCCCGCCGCCCCCGCAGACCCAUGCUGGGCGCCCUGGCCGGCUCAGAGAGUCUUCUGAAUUGCUCAUUUUCCCCCUCGAACUUCCACCGGUGAAAGAAAGCAGGCCGAGCCUGGCAUCUGCACAGCGAGGGAGCCGCGCCAAGCCCACGCGCUCCCGCCUUCAGGACCCUGGAGAGCGGCCGCCGCGCCCUGGGGACCCGCACCUUGCCCCCUCCAACGCCUCGCCGCCCGGUCCCUUGUAUUCGCUGCUUCCCGCCUCCACCUUCCCGGACCCAACAGUGACCGUGUGCUGGUUUUGUUUCUCUCCUCCGCCUCUCGCCCUUCCCGCCGCCCGCCUUGCACAGCUUGCAGACUCACCCGCUGUCCCGAAGCUGCUCAGCAUCCUUUCCGGCACGCUCUCCGGCCUCGCGCGCUUCUUCUCUCACCUUCUCCGGCGAUCCCCUCCAGAGGCUCCCCAGAGGCGUCCGGACUUCUCCCUUCUUCUUCCUGCCCUGCCAGUUGCUGGGCUUGCGCGGAGGCCCGAGGAGCGGCCGGGCCGCCUCUCGCUCCUGCUCAGGGUAGCUCUGGCACUGCCCGGCCGACCCCCCGGGAGACGCCUGCCCCGGGAUGAGGAAGCCAGCGCUGGGCAGAGCUCGCCCGUGCCGGUGAGUACUGUGGUCUCCACCACCCCAUCCGCGGCCUCACCCGGCGCCAGCAUUUCUAGUUUCUCCCCAUCCCAGACUGACCCACUCCACGUGCGGCCAGCAGGGGCUCCGGUCAGCAAGCAGUGGGGGAGGGGGCGGAUGGAAAGAUCGUGACCGGGCUGAGUACAAUCAAAGAAAAGGCGCCAGCCUGACCCUCCCUCCCCCCUAGAGACCCUCGAAGCUACUUUUCCCGGGCCAUUUCCUUCCAGGGUCAACGGAAGAGGGAGGGAGCCCGCGCCCUCCCCAAAGCUCUUCUUAAAGUCUUCUUCUCUA